AUGUUAAUGUCUUCUUCCAGAAUACAAGUUGGUGUGGUUCGUUUAAAAUCUUUACAAGCAUUAACACCAUUAUAUGAAGACGAUCAACUCGCAACCAAAUUAGACUUAUUUACGACUAAAUUUAAAGAAAGAAUAAUUGUCCUUGCUUGGGAUGAGGAAUUGAACAACCAAGUGGAAGCUGUUAAGGUGAUCACCAACAUGUUUAGGUUAUAUCGUGAUCGAUUUACACCAGAAGACAUCCAAAAUAUUUGCAAAUUAGUACUUUCUUCCAAUCGUAAGGUUGCAUUGGCCGCAGGUAAAUUUUUGAACGCGUGCAUUCUGAAAGUGGAUCAAGAGAACAUGUCUAAAAAUAAUUUGGAUUCUCGAAGAGAUGCUCAAUCUAAUAUACGUUGGAUUCGAUAUCUUUUACAGUUUUUCAUAAAAUUGGAGAGACCAGAUUAUGUUCCAUAUCUAGUGGACGCCUUAUUUGAGGAACACUCAGUGAUGCAAGAUUGGGAAUCAAUGAUACAUCUUCUCACAGAAAGAGCUGAUAAUACUGAUCAAUGUUUGACUUUAACUGAAGAAGAAGUCCUAAUUGAAAUCAUGACCUGGUGUGCAAGACUUGCGACAACUUGUGAACAUCCGUGGGAUAGAGCAACCAACAAAACGAUAAUCAACUUAAAGAAGAAAAAUCAAAUGCAAGCAGAUCAAUUGAGCAUGACCGAACAUUUAAUACCAGUAUUGCCCAAGCUCUUGAUUCGAUUCAAAACCAUGAAGAAAAGUAUGAUUAAUUUGUUAACCAUACCGCAGUAUUUUGAGUUGGUAAACUACACAAGUCAAGGGGUAGAUCAU